UAACUCAUAACCUUGUCUUUUUCGUUAGACCACUACACUGAAUGCGAUGACGGCUCCUGUCCUGACGUAAAUGCCAAAUGUGUCGAGGAUAACGACGGCUACACCUGCGAGUGCAAGUCGGGGUACUACAGUACAGCGUCUGCCGGACACAACAUGUGCAGAAAAUUGAAUGCCUACGAAGCUGAGCUGACAGUGACCCACGUCAAUGGAGAGGAAAUCGUCUUCAUUUAUGGUCUGGCCGAUACUGACUCUUCAGAGUUCGACAGGACUGCCACUGUCGUCGAAGCGGUGAUAGAUGAGAGUCUCUCGGUGGGCCCACUGCAAAGGAUGUACAAGGGGUGUGAAGUGAAUCGCUUCAGACACGGAAGCGUCAUCGUCAUCUUCGAUAUCUACCUGACGAGAGAAUCCAUUCCCGAGGACAGAAUAACCACGGCGUUUACUCAGGCUCUCCGGGGCAACAUGCUCGGCACGAACCAGACACUGACUGUCAUUCCGUCAUCCUUCCAAGUCCAGGAAAAAGUUGAAUCUGCAGAGGACCCGUGGUACAACCACCCGUUCUACAUUGCCCUUCUCUGUGCUGGAGGCGUCGCGGCAGUAGCAGUCUGUGCGAUCAGCGUGUAUUGCUGCAAAUUCAGAAAGACGGGGCGCAACAAACCUGUCUCCGUCUACAACACAGCAGAAAGUACCCCCGACCUUCGCGGAAACUCGCCAGGUCCAAUCGAACUGAAUUUUGUCGUUACAAAUACCAGUGACAGGCCAAUGGACAGGUCAUUUGCACCUCUUGUCAAGAUGGAGUAAGAUUGUAGGAAGCUGGUGCCGGCUGCUACUAUAAUACUUCAGUACCUAGUGCAUUUGGCAUUGCUGAUCUUGUUAUAAAGAAACUACACGUAUAACUACAAAUCUUUGAAUUCGGACAAUGGCAAAUCUAUUCAGAAUUCAUUCUGACUCUUACUAAGUAGCAGCAGAUGGAACAAAAAUCUUCUAGAAAGUUCUGAAAGUUCUAAAACCUGUAUA